GUUUUUUUUUUUUAUUUUUGGUUCCUCUUCUUAUUCUACAACUAGACCAAGUACAACAGCAGCUCACAAAUAUGACCGCCCCGAACUAUAACAACUAUCCCGAAAACGUUGGUAUUUUGGCUAUGGAAAUGUAUUUUCCUAAGAGAUGUGUCAUUCAAUCAGAGAUGGAAACCUUUGAUGGCGUCAGCGCUGGUAAAUACACUAUUGGUCUUGGUCAAGAGAAAAUGGCUUUCAUUGAUGACCGUGAAGAUAUUCAAUCCAUUUGUUUGACUGCUGUACAAAAUUUGAUGGAAAAGUACAACAUUUCUUAUACAGACAUUGGUCGUCUCGAGAUUGGUACUGAAACUAUUAUUGAUAAAUCAAAGUCUGUCAAGACAUGUUUGAUGACUUUGUUUGCCGAACACGGAAACACUGAGAUUGAAGGUAUCGAUACUACCAAUGCCUGUUAUGGUGGUUUUGCUGCUUUCUCCAAUGCCAUCAAUUGGAUUGAAUCUUCCUCUUGGGAUGGACGUUACGCUAUUGUUGUAGCCGGUGAUCUUGCUCUCUAUGCUUCCGGUGCUGCUCGCCCUACUUCUGGUGCUGGUUGCGUUGCCAUGUUACUUGGUAAGGACGCACCUAUUGUUGUUGAACGCGGUCUCCGUGCCACACACAUGGAACAUGCUUAUGAUUUCUAUAAACCCGAUAUGCAUUCUGAAUACCCUGUUGUUGAUGGUAAAUUCUCUAACGUUUGUUACCUCCGUGCUUUCGAUACUUGUUACCGCCGUUAUAUGGCCCGCUUGGCUAAGCUCGAAAGCAAGGAAAAGCCUAGUAUGGAUGAUAUCGAUUACGUUGUUUGUCACUCUCCUUAUGCCAAGUUAGUCAACAAAUCCUUCGCUCGUGCAAGUUACAAUGACUUCCUUCUCGAUAGCGAAAAUGAAAAAUAUGCUUCGAUCAAGCCUUUCCAAGAGAUGUCAUAUGCCGAUUCUCUCGAAAGCAAGGAUUUAGAAAAGGCUUUGAUGGCCUUAACCAAAGCUGGUUAUGCUGAAAAGGUUGGCCCGGCUGCUUUCGUCCCCAAGCAAAUUGGUAACAUGUAUACUGCUGCCGUCUGGGCUGGUUUAGCAUCACUUGUUUCUGAAGUUGAGUCGGAAACCCUUCAAAACAAGCGUAUCAUGUUGUAUUCUUAUGGUUCCGGUUUAGCCGCUUCUAUGAUUUCUUUCCGUGUUCGCGGUUCUACUGACAACGUGAAGAAGACUUUGAACCUUCGUGAACGUCUUGAAAACCGUACCUUCUCCAAACCUGAAGAAUUUGCCGCUGCUAUGAAGAUGCGUGAAAGCACCCAUAAUGCUUGCAACUUCAACCCCUCUGGUAGUCUUGAUAACAUUGCUACUGGUGCUUACUAUAUCGAAAAGAUUGAUGAUAAGUGGAGACGUUUCUACAAGCGUAAGGAUCAACUUUAAUAUAUCCAGUUCUACUAGAUUUGUGAUGCACAACUUCUACUUAGAGCGUCCCAUCUAGAGGUUUAUAUUGGUGUUUUCAUCAUACUUUUUUAUUUUGUUUUGUUACAAUAUACGUUUAUAAUUCUAUUCUCAAGCGAAACACUUAUAUCACUAUUGAUUUGUUCCUAUUCAACUUUAAUAACAUUCUUAUUUCUCGCAUUCAGUAAAUGUGUCAUUGUGAGGGAAU